UGUAACUCUCACUCGCAAGGCUGUCCGCGCGGCGGCAAACUGCUGCUGCACUCUCUGGGUGGAUCUCGCCUCAGUGCCCGUGCAGUGCCCGACGCGGCGGUUUCCGUCUCCAGUCUUUCAUCAGAAAGUGUGUCCGCGACCAGUUCCGUGACUCGAGUUGCACUAUUUCUGGAUUAUACGAACCAAGUGUUUAUUGUUCGCCGACACUCGCCACGGACCAUAUUGCAGGGCGGCGGUGACCGGACCGACAGGCUGUUGUCCCAGUCGUCAAGAUCUCUGGGACGUGAGCAGAAAAGUUUUGAGAGGGGAUUCCAACAGAAGCGGUAACUAUAUGGUUCAAGUGUGACUCAGGAUGGUGUCGAGACGAAAAAUACUUUCCCGCUCCAGGGAUAACCUGGCGGACACACAGUACGAAGAGCAGGAAGAAGAAGACGUCUGGUAUAAUUUAGACAAGUUGUUUAAGGACCACAUACAAGAAGUGUUAGAUAAAUGGAAUCAAAUAGACGAUGAAAUAUGGGCGAAAGUAAUUGUCUUCGAGAGAAACAGAAGGGUAGCGAAAGCAUAUGCGAGAGCACCUGUCCUCACUGUAAAUGGGUCAAACGAUGGCUUCGAUGGUUUCAGGAUAGGACUCUGCGGCUUCGACAACCCGAUGAGAAAUGCAAAAACAGACGAGGCCAAAAGACACAUAAAUCAGGGAGUGAAAAUAAAAAUGGACGAGCAAGGCAACAUCCUCAUAAGAAGGUUAUGCAAAAGCAACGUCUACGUAAGAGCCACAAAGCAAGAUGACAAUGCAAUUGGUUCGGAAAUUUUACGAAAUCCACAAGGUGCCCUGGAACACGAAAAACCGGGAAAGUUGUUCGAUAUGGUCAAGUUUCAAACAAACUUACUGCGUGAGACGACCAGAGCUUAUCCAGACAGACGGAGACUGGAAACGCAAUGUCUCAGCGCGAUAGUUUUCGUUCGCUCAGAAAACGAUGUGUUGCAAUGUCCAAUUUGGAUCCUUGUUAUCAAUGUCGUUGGACUGGACAUGUUGAAGUCGAAACUACCGCCAGUAAUGGCAAUGCAGAGGCCCGUAGAUAUUAAGAAUCGACCUAGAAUUCCGAUUCCCGACGAGGAUCCCUACAGCGUGGCAGGAAUAUCCUCGUCCUCAGGACCCAGUGACACUUUACAAAUGAGUAGAGACUCCCGGGAACAAAUCUACGUCCAAUCGGGAUAUCCGCAGCGGCGAACCGAGAAACCUCCUAAGCUUCCUCCGAGAGAAAAUCUCUAUGGCCAUGACAUUCCCAAGCCCGACUAUGAUGACCUCGAGGAUGAUUAUCGAAAUUCCUCGAGACCUCCUGUAAUAUCUAACGGCGAGAAGAAGAGUAAAAAGGACGAUAAUAAAAAAUACGACGAUCCCUAUUAUUGCGGUUUAAGAGCGCGAGUACCUAACUUUGUGAAAAUGGCAAAAAAUGGUCACGCCAAGCACACCAUAGUAACAUCUCCGUAUGGACACGCUAGACCACAACAAGCUCCAACUUAUAUUGCCACUGGAUAUGUUCAUGCACAUUCUGGUCAAAUAUACGGACACCACGUUCCAAUUCCAGAGAAAUAUCAGAAGAAGCCUUCGAUCAUGUACCACGCCAGAAGUAUGGAAAGCGGUCUGGGUACAUAUAGACGAGCGAAUUGAGUCUCCCUACAACCAUAUUUAUGGCCGAUUACCGGUUCCAACGCGUGGGGUGAUACCUCCCGCACCUCGCGCCAUGUACAUCGGCGAAUGGGACUAGAUCUUAAGUUAAUAUCUCAUCGUAUCUGUAUUUAAAGCCUGUAUAUUGUUAAUAUACCACAUAAAUACUCAUCAUUUUUAUGACAGCA